AUGCUUACGCUUUCUUCCAGCCUUCCCCUCAUCCGUGACCCCUCCAGCCCCGCUGUGCUCCUGCUUGCUUCUCAAACCCACUCGCACAGGCACACUGCUCGCCAAGGCACCACCCUUGACUUGAACCAUCUCGAAUUCUUCCCUUACGCCCCCUGCUUACCCUCACGCGCUCUCCUUUCACUCACCCCUUCCACCUCUUUUUCCCCCUCGCCCCGUACUCCCUUCCUCUUAUCUUACCCUUUCCCCUUCCUUUACCCCACCCCUCCACCCUCCCUUUACCCUUCCCUUUCCCCUUGCCCGAUUCCACUUCCCUUACCCGUUUCCCCUUCCCUGACCCACUCCCCUUCCGCUCACCCCUUCCCUGUCUCCUUUCCCAUUCCCCCUCCUUUUACCCCCUCCGUUUCUCCUUACAAACUCCCCCUCCCCUUCACAUGUACCGCCCUUCUCUUUUCUCCUCUCCUCAACCCCUCCCCUGACCCCAAUCUCCUACCGCGACGCCAGGCUCUGCCGUGGCCCAUCUCGCGACCUGUCCCUGUUGAAUCCGCGCGAUUCGGUUGGAUGUGCAUGCACAGGCGUCAACACGAAUGUCAAGCCGGAUGUGAGGAGCUUUGCUCAACGAUGGCAAUUUCUGACCACGUGGAUGCUGCUGAAUGGAAGUCUGCUGCUGCUGUUCUCCAAAAGUGA